AUGUCGUUCAUUAAAAACUUGCUAUUUGGGGGCGUGAAAACGAGCGAGGACCCAACGGGGCUCACAGGGUCCGCAGGGUCUAACACAAACGAUUCCAGCAAACCCAGCGAGCCGGUGGUGGCCGGUAACUUCUUCCCAAGGACGUUGUCCAAGUUCAAUGGUCACGAUGAUGAAAAAAUCUUCAUUGCGAUCAGGGGCAAAGUGUACGAUUGCACACGUGGAAGGCAGUUCUACGGGCCCAGCGGACCAUACACGAACUUUGCAGGCCACGAUGCGUCGCGCGGGCUGGCGCUGAACUCCUUCGAUCUGGAUAUUAUCAACGACUGGGACCAGCCCAUCGAUCCCUUGACGGACCUGACCACGGAGCAGAUCGACGCGCUGGAUGAGUGGCAGGAGCAUUUCGAAAACAAGUAUCCUUGCAUCGGCACGCUGAUUCCAGAGCCCGGCGUGAACGUAUGA